UGUAUUAACAGCGGCACUGGAGGAAAUUAAUUAACGGCGGUACAGCCAUGGCGCGAAACUGAUCACAACAAAGCAUACGAGCAUAGCAUUCUCUGUAGGAUAGGAAGCAUAUCAGUAAUGUAGUUUCGUGCAUCACAUCUCACUCAAUCACUAAUCACCAAUUAUUAAUUCAAACAUGGAACACACCGUAAAGCAAAUAAGUGACCUCUUCCCGUGUCGGGAACACCUGAUUCGCCAGCUCUAUCGCUUCUACGGGGAAGGCGAUCCAUUUCCGCCCGCAGUCUAUCUCUACGGCCACACUUCAACCGGCAAGAGUGCUAUUCUGCGGGAGUUUCUGCCCCACCUGAACGACACCAAGUACGCCUUCCUGAACGCCAUCGAGUGCUACACAAACAAAAUACUGUUCGAAACGAUCCUCAACCGGCUGACCAAUCACGUUCCCUGUGCGGACAAUGGGUACACCUCGGUGGCCACUGUGGAUUGUAUGCGGGACUUCGUCGCCCAGCUGCAAGCCAUGGACGACGAGUGGGCGUAUGUUAUCGUGCUGGAAAACGCUGAACGAGUGCGGGACAUGGACCAUAAUGUGCUGCCGAUGUUGUUGCGACUGCCGGAAGUCAGCGGGCUGAAUAUUUCCGUUGUGUUGGUUUCGGAUCUGCCCUUCGAGAAGUACUUCAUCCGGACGGGACUGUCGCCGGUGAUGAAGGUGUUCGUCCCGGAGUACAGCAAGAAGGACAUUGCCGCGAUCAUGAUGGGUGGCUUCGAGAAAGUGCGGGAAGAGCUGAGGACCAACUUAGAGCAAAUGGGCGAAGGAUCUGCCAGACAAGCGGCGUUAUCCGAAGAGGAUGUCGCGAAACGUACCGAAGUACUACUGGAACUAUCCCCAGAAUUCUACGAAAACUAUCUGAGCAUGUUUCUCAAUGUGUUCUUCAAGGUAUGUCGCGACCUGAAGGAACUACAGCUGGUAUCGUUCGAAUGUUUCCAGAAGUACUGCGAACCGGUGCUGGAUGGGACCAUUGCCCCACACGACGUGAACAAACUGUGGCGACACAUUUUGAAAACGAUGAAACUGGCUCUCGGUACGAUCUAUAUGCGGAUGGGCAGCGUCAACCAGGAGUUGCUCCGCCCAACCGCACAGGAAACGUCCGAAUCGCUGGAGCAGGUACAAACCAUGAAACGCCUAGCCCGGAACCUGGAGCUUCCAUUCUACGCAAAGUACCUGCUCAUAGCGGCCUACCUGGCCAGUCACAAUGCCGCCAAGGAGGACAAACGCCUCUUCAUGAAGAAUCACGGUAAGCAGAAGAAACGCAUGCAGUCGGUCAAUGCCAAGGCCAAGGUAUCGGAGAAGAUGGCCACCCAGAUGGGCCCGAAGUCGUUCACUAUCGACCGGCUGCUGGCCAUCUUCUAUGCCAUCUUGGACGAAAAGGUUGGCCUGAACUGCCAUCUGUUGGCGCAAAUUUCGACGCUGAUCCAUCUGAAGUUCUUGAUAUUUGCUUCCGGCGAGGGAAGUAUCAUGGAUGGAAGUGCACGGCUCCAGUGCACCGUCGGGAUGGACUUUAUCACGCACAUAGGGAAAAUGGUUGGCUUCAAUGUGAGGCAGUACCUGUGCGAUUUCUUUUAG